GGCUGGCAAUCUUUAAUCCAUCCGUUAGACCCUGUUUUGAUAGGUGACUCUCGGAGAUGAGGCGACUGAAAGACAUCUCGACCCAUUGAGGAUAGAAGAGAUAAGACUUGUCUAUAUCCAUGGCUAAGUCGAAAUUCUUAUUUCUGGUCAUCAUGAAUUCGCUCUAUAGCACUUAGGGAUCACUCACUAGCCAUCAUGGGGUUUCCUUUCGGGAGAGUAGAUACUUCUGAUAAAGCCACAUCCGAGAUCAGUCCAAACCCAGCUGAGAGCGCGACACCUAAUUCCUCCAACGAGAAGCUUCGCGAUAUAGAUGCGACCACUGCUAUCAAAGAUCUUAACCAGAUUCAGCACGCCCACCAAUGGGACCCCAAUUUUCCCCAAGAGAAGCUCGAUGCCGUCAAUUCGGCACUUAAGCAUGGAGAUGUUAAGGAGAUUAUCGAGGCCGACUCGUUGUUUAGCGAAGAUUCACCUUACGAGGAGGUACGUGCUGCUGUGCGCAAUACCGAUGGCGGAGAAGUCGCAUGUACCGUGAGAGCUUGGAUACUGGGGAUGAUCUUUGUCACUCUUGGCAGCGGCUUAAACAUGCUGUUGAGCAUGCGAAGUCCAAUGGUUAACUUCCCGGCCUUGGUGGUCGUGCUGUUAGUCUAUCCUGUCGGGUCUCUAUGGGCAAAGAUCAUGCCAACAAGAGUAUUCAAAACCUUCGGUCAGGAGUGGACCCUGAAUACCGGCCCCUUCACCAUCAAAGAGCAUGUGGUCGUCACUAUUAUGUCGAAUGUCAGCAUCUCAUAUGCAUAUUCCACUGAUGCGUUGCUUGCGCUUCAAGGAAAGCCUUUCUACAACCUCAAUCUAGGCUGGGGCUUUUCUUUGAUGUUUACGCUGAGCUCGCAACUCAUUGGAAUAUCGCUAUCCGGGAUGUUUAGACGGUUCCUAAUCUAUCCCGCCGCAAUGAUGUGGCCUUCCCAGUUUAGUUAUACCUCUCUUUUCUACGCCCUCCACGACAAGAGUAAGAGUGACGGUACCCAAUCCAACGGGUGGGUGAUAAGUCGCUAUCGGUACUUCUUCAUCGUGAUGAGCGGUAUGUUCUGCUACUACUGGAUACCAGGUGUAGUCUGGCAAGGUCUCUCCGUGUUCGCUUUCGUGACCUGGAUUAAGCCAGAGAACCCUGUGCUCAACCAGCUUUUUGGUGGGUUCACGGGGCUCAGCUUUAUCCCACUGACCUUUGACUGGACCUACGUCUCUGCCUACUUGCAAGAUCCGUUGCUAGCUCCGACAUAUGCUCAUGUUAAUACUCUAAUCGGUCUUGUCUGCUUCGUCCUUAUUCCGUGUGUUGGGAUGGCAUAUACUGGUUCCCUUUACUCUGAUUAUCUUCCUCUCGUGACAUCGCAGACUUACGACAAUACGCAGAAGGCAUACAACGUCUCGAAGAUUCUCGGAGAUAGUUUCACUCUCGACUUAGACAAAUACCACAAUUAUUCGCCGCUAUUCCUGUCACCAUCAUUGGCUUUAAACUAUGGGCUUUCCUUCGCCGCAUUGACGGCGGCGCUUGUACACACUACGCUCUUCAACGGAAAGGAGAUCUGGUAUCGUUUCAAGACUGCGCGCAAUCAAGAACCCGACAUUCAUCUCAAACUGAUGAAAAAAUACAGCGAGGCCCCUGAAUGGUGGUAUUAUGCACUUCUAAUAGUCUCCAUCGCAUUCGGACUCGCAACCGUGCUGACGUACGAUUCUCAACUCCCUUGGUGGGGGUUCUUCGUUUCCGUCAUCCUAGCACUUCUGUUCGUGAUCCCUACAUGCAUGGUAAUGGCCGUCUCAACUAUCCAGUUGUCUCUAAACGUAAUCUCGCCAUUUAUAGCUGGCUUCAUAUUCCCAGGUCGUCCCAUUGCAGUGAUGAUCUUCAAGGUCUUCAGUACAAUCACGUUAGGACAGGCUCAGACAUAUAGCACCGACCUAAAGACAGCUCAUUACAUGAAAAUCCCCCCCAGGGUCACCUUUUGGUGCCAGGUCAUAGCGAGUAUAUGGGCCGUGUUCGUCCAGAUCGCGGUGAUGAAUUGGACGUUAGGAGCUAUCCCUGAUGUUUGCUCCAUUUCUCAACCCAGUCAUUUCAGCUGUCCUAAUGGGCGGGCCUUUUUCUCAUCAUCAAUCGUGUGGGGAGUCCUGGGACCGGAACGCAUGUUUGGCCCUGGAUCUAUGUACGUGAACUUCAACUGGUUCUGGCUUAUCGGGGCUGCAUUCCCGGUUGUGCUGUGGUUUCUUAGCCGUAAAUUGAAUGUUGGCUUCGCCCGCCACCUCAACGCGCCGAUCAUGUUUGGAGCUAUGGCAUGGUUGCCGCCAGCCACGCCGAUCAGCUUUUCAUCAUGGGCAAUCUUCGGCUUGAUCUUUAACUAUGCCGUAAGGAAGAAAUUUGGCGGCUGGUGGAGAACGUACAACUAUGUCACUGCUGCUGCUCUCGACGCGGGGCUUAUCUUGUCGACCAUCGUCAUCUUUUUCGCGAUAACUCUUCCGGGAGUUACCAUUCCUCAAUGGUGGGGCAAUGUGGAUGUAUUCAAUACACUUGAUGCAUCAUACACGGGAUGGCUUAAGACAGUACCAGAGGGCGAGAAAUUCGGACCAGCGACAUGGUAGAAUCAGAAUACAGCAAGCUGCAGGCGUCUUA